CCUUCGCUACUUUUUGUUGACAGCGUCUCGUUUCUUGAUUAAAUUCGGCUUCUCCGGGCUGUUUGCUUCAUUCACCCCAGUGGGCUAAAUUCCAGAAUGCUUUUGAAGCGAUUUGUUGUUACUUUCUUGGCGAUCGCCGUAGGCCUGUCCGUGGCCGCCGGUCGCGUCCAUUACGAAAAGCACGAUGGAACCCGAGCGUUCGCCGAUCAACUGCAGUUUGAUCACGGACAGGGAGAAGGAGGCGGUGCCGACACGAGCCGGGCGACUCCGUUGCGGAAAGCGCAUGAUCUCUCCGCCGAGCUGCCGGAGAAGCCCAAUAUCAUCAUCUUAUUCGGCGAUGACAUGGGAUACGGAGACCUGAACGUUUACGGCCAUCCGACCACCAGCACGCCAAACCUAGACCAGAUGGCGAAAGAGGGCAUGCGCUUCACUCAGUUCUACGUGGCCGCUCCGCUGUGCUCGCCCUCCCGGGCGUCCAUUCUAACCGGACGCCUGUUCCCGCGGAGUGGCGUGUACGAGGAGCCGAAGAAGAACGAUGACACCGGUUCGGCCACGUUUGGUUCGUAUAGCAGUGCCGGUAUGAUGCUGAAUGAAACCACGCUGGCACAGGCGCUCAAACCGCUCGGCUACGUCAGUGGGAUGGUGGGCAAAUGGCAUCUGGGCUCCGUAGAGGCGUACCACCCGACGAAGCGUGGCUUCGACAGUUACUUUGGCUGCCCAUUCAAUCUGGUGUCCUGCAACUCGACCAUUCUAAAUUUAACAUCGAAAGACCCAAACUGCAUGGUAUUCCGCAACGACACCAUCAUCGAGCAGCCGUCCGAUUUGCUGAAUAUUGAUGCGCGGUUCGUGGCGGAGACCAAGACGUUUAUUGACAACAACAAAAACCGUCCGUUCUUUUUCUACUUUGCAUCUUACCACACUCACAUGCCGCAGUUUGCGUCCAAGGACUUCAUCAACACGACGGAACGCGGCCUGUUCGGCGAUGCUCUGGCGCAGUUCGACGGCGACGUGGGAGAGAUCCUCUCCUAUCUGAAGCAGGUCGGCAUCGCCAACCGUACUCUGGUGGUGUUCACUGGCGACAAUGGUCCGGCCCUGGGUCACGAUGUUCUCGGCGGAGAGCAGGGGCCUCUCAAGUGCGGUAAGGGCACCACCUGGGAAGGUGGCAUGCGAGAGCCAGCCAUCAUGUGGUGGCCGGGCGUCAUCCAACCAAACACACUCAGCUACGAGCUGGUCAACUCCAUGGACAUCUUCCCCACGGCUCUGAAGCUAGCCGGUGGACAGCUGCCGACCGACCGAGUGCUGGACGGCUUUGACCUGAGCGACUUCAUCGCGGGACGGUCGCAGCAGAGUCCCCGAGAUCACGUGUUCUACUACAGCGGGAAGUUCUUGAUGGCCGCACGCCUCAACCAGUACAAAGCGCACUUCUACACGAUGGGAAGUCACUGUCAUAAUGACUAUCCCGACGUCGACUGCCGCAGUUCAACACGGUUACAAGCUCACGACCCGCCACUGUUAUUCGACCUCUAUUCCGACCCAAAGGAAAGAUAUCCGCUGGACACGGAAGCGUACGCGUCAGUUGUGACCGCAAUACACGACCUUGUCCUCAACCACAACAAGACGAUGACGUUCGCCCCGCCGCAGAUCGGCAUCAAUAACAGCCACAACAAUUACCCGUGCUGCAAUCCGUCAUGCACACCGCGGCCAACGUGCUGCCAUUGCUAGCCACCACCGCGGCCGUCCAGUCACUCAUUCGGUCAUGCACCGGCCCCCGCUCAAACGGUACUUCAAUAGGGUUUGCUGUGGCGGCACGGUGUGACCGUGAAUGGUACACAUUCUGCAGUCCAGUUUAGCUGGAAAGCAGCCGAUUUGAACUUUUGAAGGAGUGGUUGCCGUUCCUGUCCUUAUCAGUUUAUAUCGUGACAUGCAUAGGAGAGAUUUGAGCGGCCAUCAGCCGGGUCCCAGGCAGGCCAGAACAUCCACCGACGAGCCAGUUUAUAUUGUAAAGCGCGGCCUGUAACAGUGGAAGCUAUGUGUAGGUCACAGUCCUUGCCGGAAUCAUGAGUGGUGCGGCACGACUCUGUCUGUGUUUGGCAUGCACAUCUGACAGCGACAUCGUCGGCAUCCACAAGAGGUUUUCCUGUUUCUGCUGGCAAUUGCCAGAUAAUUAUAUUAGUACUGAG